UCGCCAACUGCAUUUAUCCAUUCGCCUCUGUUUCUCUCUCUCUCUAACUCCUUAGCUUUCUUUCUCUCUCCUAGGGUUUUUCCGGUUUUCCUCUUCGUCCCUGUUCUCGGAACCCUCGUUCCCCUCUCCGAUGGCGCAGCAGGAGGUCCUGAACGGCGGAGCGGCCAAGAAAGCCGUCGUGUUCACGGCGGUGAAGCCGCGGCUGGCGGUGGAGGCCCCCAAGGCCGGCGACGCCAUCGAGUUCUACAAGUCCGCGUUCGGUGCCGAGGAGCUCGGCCGCACCUUCUACCCCAAGCGCAAGGCCGAGCAGGAGCUCCCACUCGUCCUCUCCGCCCAGCUCGCGCUCGCCGGCACCACCAUCCUCGUCUCGGACUGUACGGACGAUUCAGCUGCUCCUGUGAAGAACGCUGGCGCCGGGUGCGUGCUCUGCCUGGAGACCGAGGACGUGGAAGCCGCCGUCGCGAAGGCUGUGGCCGCCGGAGCUGUGGCGGAGGGCGAUCUAGCCGACGAGGCGGAUGCGUGCUGCGGUGGCGGUCGCGUCGGGGAGGUCAAGGACCCGUACGGCUUCACCUGGCUCAUCUGCUCCCCAGCCAAAAAGUGCGCCGAGGCCGAAUGAAGAAGGAGGGGAGAGGAGGCGGAGCAGCAGUAGUUAAGUUUUGUCGUUUUAACGUCUUUGGAUAAUGAAGGACUCAGUCACUCAGUGCUAGGCUCUACUCUUUUUUUUAUCAGUAUUAAUAUGCGUCGCCGUCUCCGUUUCAUGUGUUGGUUGCUUUUCCGUCUAACCAUCGUCUUUGGUUGGGGGUGUGUGGGGACCCUUCUCUUUUCCGGGAACAAAGAGGCUUCUUUCUCUAGGGUGGUAGGAAUUAGGGGGGGUUAGGUGUCAUGAAUAGGGGGGCAAUGAAUAUGUUGAUACGGUCAUCAUGGUAUUUUUACCUGCUGCUCAUUUUGAAAA